AUGGGAUCCACCACCUUGGCAGUUCUUACUGCUGCUUUGGCUGUUUUCUUCAUCAUCCGGGCAUUUACCUCAAAGCAAAAGCUCGCACAACUUCCUCCCGGCCCUAAAGGAAAGCCUUUAAUCGGGAACCUGCUUGAUCUCCCCGCACCAGGGAAACAAGAAUGGCAACAUUGGCUUCGGCAUAAAGAGCUUUACGGUCCUUUAAGCUCAGUCACAGUCCUUGGUCAAACAGUGGUCAUUAUAAACGAUCGACAACUUGCGGUUGAAAUAUUGGAAAAAAAUUCGGCUAAGCAUUCAUCUCGCCCUCGCCUUGUCUUCGCAGAUGAACUCUCGGGAUGGGGAAAAGCACCUGUGAGCCAGGAUAACACAAGUCUUCUUCGGACGUAUCGCCGUGCGAUGGCCCGGACCAUCGGAACACGAGCAUCCGCAUCCAAGUUUGAUCAAUUACUUAUUGUGGAGACUCGCCGAUUCCUGUGGCGUUUACUUGAUUGUCCGCAAGACUUUCUACAACAUAUCAAAACUGCGGCGGGAGCAUUCGUUUUGAAAAUCACCUAUGGGUAUGAUAUUGUUCCUCACGGGAGAGAUCCUCUGGUUAGUUUGGCCGAUUUGGCACUCGACCAGUUCUCGUUGGCUGUAGUUCCCGGAGCAUGGCUGGUAGAUAUGAUUCCAGCAUUGAAGUACAUUCCAGAGUGGGCUCCAGGGGCAGGGUUUAAAAAGACAGCGCGCUAUUAUCUUGAAACCCUCACAAAUCUCGUCAACCACCCUUUCAAGUUCACAAAGUACAAAAUGAGCCAGGAGUCGCACGAAACAUCAUUCGUAUCUGAGCUGCUCAGCCAGGGAGAGGACGAGGAUAUUACGAAAUGGGCCGCUGCGGCACUAUAUGGUGGAGGAGCUGACACAACGGUGUCCGCUUUAGAAGGAUUCUUCCUCGCGAUGAUCCUAUUCCCAGAAAUUCAGCGCAAAGCACAGGAAGAGAUUGACCGUGUAUUCGGUGAACCAACUUUGCCCACAGUCGCAGAUCGGGAAAGACUGCCAUAUAUCGACGCAGUCGUCAAAGAAACCCUCCGGUGGCACGUUGUCACUCCACUUGGAGUUCCGCAUCGAACAGACGAAGAUGAUAUCAUCAAUGGUUUCUUGAUUCCGAAGAACGCCCUCUUACUGCCAAAUAUAUGGUCUUUCAAUCACGAUCCUGCAGUAUAUCAUGAGCCAUCGGAGUUCCGACCUGAACGGUAUCUCGCCGAAGAGGGACGGGAUACUGAGCCCGAUCCACACAACACGAGCUUCGGCUAUGGACGACGUCUCUGUCCAGGGCGCAUCGUUGCCGACACAUCUCUAUUUCUGACAAUCGCAAAUACGUUGGCGACCUUCAAUAUAACCAAGUCGAUUGGGCAAGAUGGCCAGGAAAUUGAGCCACCUGUCGACUUCACGCCGGGGAUUAUCAGUCACCCGGUACCUUAUGAGUGCAAAUUUUCCCCACGGAGUGAGAAGCACAAAGAGUUGAUUCUGGAAUUUGAGCGCAAAACUCCAUUCGAGAAUAGCGAUGCGGAAGCUCUAAGCGAGGCUCUCAAUCGUAUUUAA